AUGAAGCUUGAGAUCCUAGGACUGAGCGAAGUCCGCUGGCCGAACCUUGGAGAACACAGAUUGCCGUCGGGUCAAAUUAUGCUAUACUCUGGUCUACGAGGUGAACACGCUCCUCGUCACCGUGGAGUUGGCUUCCUGCUUAGCGCGCACGCCUACACUGCGCUAAUGAAGUGGGAGCCUAUUAAUGAGAGAAUAAUCGUUGCCAGAUUCAGAACACGGGUUCGAAACCUUACCAUGAUCCAAAGUUACGAGUUAACUGAUGCUGCCGAAAUGCAAGAAAAGGAGAACUUUUACAGGCAACUGAAUGCUGUCGUGGAUAAAAUUCCGAAAGGUGAUAUGAAGAUCUGCAUGGGCAAUUUCAACGCGAAGGUGGGUUCCGAUAACUCGGACUAUGAGCACGUCAUGGGACGUCAUGGCCUCGGAGAAAUGAGAGAAAACGGAGAGCUGCUUGCAGAGUUUUGUGGCAACAAUGACAUGGCGAUCAGGGGAUCGCUUUUCCCCCAUCGGCCAGUACACAAAGUGACAUGGGUUUCCCGUGAUGGCUUCACGGAGAAUCAAAUCGACCACAUCUGCAUCAGCCGAAAAUGGAGAAUGAGCCUCCUUGAUGUGCGUAACAAGCGUAGCGCCGAUAUAGCGUCCGACCACCAUCUCCUAAUCGGCGAGAUCCGGCUGCGUAUUGCAAGGAUUCAUCGACAGGAGGAGAACAUCGGGCGUCGGUUUAACACAUGUCGUCUGGAAGAUGCUGCGGUAAGAAGAUCCUUCGUCGAGGAGUUGGAGAACCAUGCUGCAGAUAUUCCGGAAGGUGGAAGCAGAAAACAGUGGAUCACAGAUGACACAUGGAAGAAGAUAGUGGAACGAAGGGACGCCAAAGCCGCGAUUGAGCGAGCUAAAACACGAGGAGCCAAAGCCGCAGCCCGUCAGCGCUAUUCGGCUCUAGAGAAGGAAGUGAAACGCUCAUGUAGACGGGACAAAAGAGCGUGGGCAGACUCCAUAGCCGACGAAGGUGAGAAAUCCGCAAACACUGGCGACAUCCGUCUCCUCUACGAUAUCUCACGCCGCCUUAGUGGGACAAAGAUUAAUGCUACGAUGCCCGUGAAAGACACGUCUGGAUAG